GCGGCGACACCCGCUGGGACACGGCCGCGCGGAGCGCCUGCGUCGUUGCCGUGGCAGGCCUGGGCCUGGGCGGUGGUCGGCGGCAUGGAGGGGACUGCGACCAACCUGCCCCGCGGGCCGGACUCGCUCUGCUUUGACAAGGACGAGUUCAUGAAGGACGAUUUCGAUGUCGAUCAUUUUGUGUCGGACUGCAGGAAGCGGGUCCAGCUGGAAGAGCUGAGAGAUGACCUGGAGCUCUACUACAAGCUUCUGAAAACGGCCAUGGUGGAGCUCAUCAACAAGGACUAUGCCGAUUUCGUCAACCUGUCCACCAACCUGGUUGGCAUGGACAAAGCCCUCAACCAGCUUUCUGUGCCUUUGGGACAGUUACGAGAAGAGGUUCUGAGUCUCAGAUCCUCUGUCAGUGAAGGAAUUCGGGCCGUCGAUGAACGAAUGUCUAAACAGGAAGACAUUAGAGAAAAGAAGAUGUGCGUGUUGAGACUUAUUCAAGUGAUUCGAUCAGUUGAGAAAAUUGAAAAAAUCUUAAACUCUCAAAGUUCUAAAGAGUCAUCUGCACUAGAAGUAAGUAGCCCACUUUUGACGGGGCAGGUUUUGGAGAGAAUCGCCACGGAGUUCAACCAGCUGCAGUCUCACGUCGUCCAGAGCAAGGGCCUGCCUCUGCUGCACAAAGUGAGGCCGCGUAUAGCUGGCAUCACGGCCAUGCUCCAGCAGUCACUAGAAGGUCUCCUGUUAGAAGGCCUUCAGACUUCCGACGUCACCAUCAUACGCCACUGCCUGCGGACCUACGCCACCAUCGACAAGACGCAGGAUGCGGAGGCCUUAGUCGGUCAAGUGCUGGUGAAACCAUACAUACAUGAGGUGAUUGCCGAGCACUCUGCAGAGUCCCACCCCGACGGCCUUCGGGUCAUGUACAGUAAACUGCUGGAGUUCGUUCCUCACCAUUGCCGCCUCCUUCGGGAAGUCACAGGAGGCGCCAUCUCCAGGUUUCAGUGUGGCAGCAUUCGCGGGGAAGCCUCAGAACAUGAGGAGUCUAAGCUGCACCUCUCCAGUGAAAAAGGCAGUGCUGUUCCUGGAUAUGACUUUCUGGUGAAUUCUGUCUGGCUGGAAAUAGUACGAGGAUUAGAAGAACAGUUGCCUUCACUUUUUAAUCCUGGGGAUCCAGAUGCAUUUCACGAGAAAUACACCAUAAGUAUGGAUUUUGUAAGAAGAUUUGAACGGCAGUGUGGAUCACAGGCCAGUGUAAAAAGAUUAAGAGCACAUCCCGCCUAUCAUAGCUUCAAUAAUAAGUGGAACUUGCCUGUUUAUUUUCAAAUCAGAUUUAGCGAAAUCGCAGGGUCCUUAGAAGCAGCACUCACAGAUGUACUGGAAGAUGCCCCAGCUGAAAGCCCGUUCUGCCUGCUGGCCUCCCUGGGGGUGUGGCGCAGCCUGGAGCGCUGCUGGUCCGAUGCGCUGUUCGCGCCGGCGCUGGCACCCCGCCUGUGGAGGCUCACGCUGCAGAUCCUGGCGCGCUUCUCUACCUUCAUCCGAGAGCUUUCACUCAGGCCCAUUUCCAAUGAAAGUGCCAAGGAGAUCAGAAAGCCUUUGGUGACUGGUAGCAAAGACCCUUCUGUUAGCCAAGGAAACAGUGACAACGCAGGUGGCCCGCCAGAAGCCAGGCCUGCAGCCUCCAUCUCCAGCACGCAGCUCGCGUACGCGGUCGCAGACCUGGAUAGGCUUCAGGAGCAGCUUCCAGAACUCUUGGAAACAAUCAGGCCAAAACUCGAAAUGAUUGGCUUUAAGAAUUUUUCUUCGCUCUCAGCAGCCCUCGAGGACUCCCGGAGCUCUCUGUCGGCCUGUGUGCCCUCCCUGAGCCACAGGAUCGUCCAGGACUUGAGUGAGUCCUGCUUCAGUUACCUGAGGAGUGCCCUGGAGGUUCCCAGGCUUUACCGGAGGACCAAUAAGGAGGUCCCGACUGCUGCUUCCUCCUAUGUGGACAGUGCUCUGAAGCCUUUGUACCAGCUUCAGAGCAGACACAAGGAGAAGCUGAAGCCAGCGCUGGUGCAGCAGUGGCUGGCGGGGGCACUCUCAGAGAGCACGCACAGGUACUACGAGACUGUGUCGGACGUGCUGAGCUCCGUGAAGAAGAUGGAGGAAAGUCUGAAGAGGCUGAAACAGGCCAGGAAGUCCACUGCCACCACCCCUGCCGGCCCCAGCGGUGGCACAAGUGACGAUGACAAGAUCAGGCUGCAGCUGGCCCUGGACGUGGCGUACUUAGGAGAGCAGAUACAAAAGAUGGGCCUGCAAGCAAGUGACAUAAAAAGCUUCCCAGCCCUCGCGGAGCUCGUUGCUGCUGCCAAGGACCAGGCGGCGGCAGAACAGCCUUAAGCUUCUGGGAGGACUCGUGGGGUGGGAGGCAGGGCUUCGAGCCCAGGGAAGAAAGUGGCUCUGUGUCCGUCCUUCCUUCCGGCCUCGCAGCCCAGCAGGCUUCCAGCAUUGCCCGGCAGUGCGCCAUGUCUGCUCUCAGCACGUGUGGGUCUCCUCUCACCCAAAAAAGAGCUCCAAAGCCUUUUCCAUUGUAUGGAAGAUAGUUUUUAAGAACCUUUGAAACUUUCUACUAUAGUUUACAGAACAAAGUAUUUUAUUUUUAUUGUAAAUCUUAGCAUGGAAGAGCUGAUUUCUAAAACAGGGUUAGGGUAAAUGCGUUUGUGUGACUAUAACAGUGGUCCCUGAUGCUGCGGUUGGGAGCGCGGCUGCAGUGGAGUGACUGCAUUGGAAGGAAACGUCCUUCUCUGGCAUGGAGAGGCCCAUCCGUUCAGGAACAGCGCUUCUGGUCACAUGUGCCCCCAGACCUCUGUCAGGAGCUCGACCCAGAAAGAAAGAUUAAUUUCCUAAAUAAAAAGUGUUUGCCAUGUG